CCUCCUCCUCCUGCCAUCGCCGCCGCCGCUGGCCACGAUCAUGUCCGGCCGUCGUUGCGCUGGCGGGGGAGGACCGGGCGCGGGCGCGGCCUCAGCUGGGGAGGCCGUGGAGCCCGCGGCCCGGGAGUUGUUCGAGGCUUGUCGGAACGGGGACGUGGAGCGCGUCAAAAAGUUGGUGACCCCGGAGAAGGUGAACAGCCGAGACACGGCGGGCAGGAAGUCCACCCCCCUCCAUUUCGCCGCAGGUUUUGGCCGGAAAGAUGUAGUUGAAUAUUUGUUACAGAAUGGUGCUAAUGUCCAAGCUCGUGACGAUGGGGGUCUUAUUCCUCUCCAUAAUGCCUGUUCCUUUGGUCAUGCUGAAGUUGUCAAUCUCCUCUUACGACAUGGUGCAGACCCAAAUGCUCGCGAUAACUGGAAUUACACUCCCCUGCAUGAAGCUGCAAUUAAAGGAAAGAUCGAUGUUUGCAUAGUCCUCUUGCAGCAUGGAGCUGAACCAACCAUCCGUAAUACAGAUGGGAGGACAGCAUUGGAUUUGGCAGACCCAUCUGCAAAAGCAGUAUUGACUGGUGAAUAUAAGAAAGAUGAACUCUUAGAAAGUGCUAGGAGUGGCAAUGAGGAAAAAAUGAUGGCUCUACUUACCCCAUUAAAUGUCAAUUGUCAUGCAAGUGAUGGCAGAAAGUCAACUCCAUUACAUUUAGCAGCAGGAUACAACAGAGUUAAGAUUGUGCAGCUGUUAUUACAACAUGGAGCUGAUGUACAUGCUAAAGACAAAGGAGAUCUGGUACCACUACACAAUGCCUGUUCCUAUGGUCAUUAUGAAGUAACAGAACUUCUGGUAAAGCAUGGUGCGUGUGUUAAUGCAAUGGAUUUAUGGCAGUUCACACCUUUACAUGAAGCAGCAUCUAAGAAUAGGGUUGAAGUGUGUUCUCUCCUAUUAAGUUAUGGUGCAGAUCCAACUCUGCUAAAUUGUCACAAUAAAAGUGCCAUUGAUUUGGCUCCUACUCCUCAGCUAAAAGAAAGAUUAGCUUAUGAAUUCAAAGGCCAUUCAUUGCUGCAGGCUGCAAGAGAAGCUGAUGUUGCUCGAAUCAAAAAACAUCUCUCUCUGGAGAUAGUGAAUUUUAAGCAUCCUCAAACUCAUGAAACAGCAUUGCACUGUGCUGCCGCAUCUCCAUAUCCCAAGAGAAAACAAGUCUGUGAAUUGUUACUAAGAAAAGGAGCAAACAUCAAUGAAAAAACAAAAGAAUUCUUGACUCCUCUGCACGUGGCAUCUGAAAAAGCUCAUAAUGAUGUUGUUGAAGUAGUGGUGAAACACGAAGCAAAGGUUAAUGCUUUAGAUAAUCUUGGUCAGACUUCUCUUCAUAGAGCUGCACACUGUGGUCAUUUGCAGACAUGCCGACUUCUCUUGAGCUAUGGGUGUGACCCCUCAAUUGUAUCUCUCCAAGGCUUCACAGCUUUACAAAUGGGAAAUGAAAAUGUACAGCAACUUCUUCAGGAGGGGCUCCCAUUGAGUAAUUCAGAUGCAGAUAGACAGUUGCUGGAAGCUGCAAAGGCUGGAGAUGUAGAAACUGUAAAAAAAUUGUGCACUGCCCAGAGCGUCAACUGUAGAGACAUCGAAGGACGGCAGUCUACGCCACUUCAUUUUGCAGCAGGAUACAACAGAGUGUCUGUGGUUGAAUACCUGCUACAGCAUGGAGCUGAUGUGCAUGCUAAAGAUAAAGGUGGACUCGUGCCUUUGCACAAUGCAUGUUCUUAUGGACAUUAUGAAGUUGCAGAAUUGCUUGUUAAACAUGGAGCAGUGGUUAAUGUGGCUGAUUUGUGGAAAUUCACACCUUUACAUGAAGCUGCAGCAAAAGGAAAAUAUGAGAUUUGUAAACUACUUCUACAGCAUGGAGCAGACCCUACAAAGAAAAACCGAGAUGGAAAUACUCCUUUGGACCUUGUUAAAGAUGGAGAUACAGAUAUCCAGGAUCUACUUAGGGGAGAUGCAGCUUUGCUAGAUGCAGCCAAGAAGGGCUGCUUGGCCAGAGUAAAGAAGUUAUCCUCCCCUGAUAACGUAAAUUGUCGUGAUACUCAGGGCCGACAUUCGACUCCAUUACAUUUAGCAGCGGGUUACAACAAUUUAGAAGUUGCAGAAUAUCUGUUGCAACAUGGAGCUGAUGUGAAUGCCCAGGACAAAGGUGGUCUUAUUCCAUUACAUAAUGCAGCAUCAUAUGGGCAUGUCGAUGUAGCAGCAUUACUUAUCAAGUAUAAUGCUUGUGUCAAUGCCACGGAUAAAUGGGCUUUCACUCCUUUGCAUGAAGCAGCACAGAAGGGAAGAACCCAACUUUGUGCCUUGUUGUUGGCGCAUGGAGCUGACCCUACAUUGAAAAAUCAGGAAGGACAAACCCCAUUGGAUUUAGUUACUGCCGAUGACGUUAGUGCUCUUUUGACCGCAGCCAUGCCACCUUCUGCCUUGCCAUGUUGCUAUAAACCACCACAAGUCAUCAGUGGUCUGAGAAGCACAGGAAAUACAUCAGAUGCUCUGUCUUCAGUUCCCUCCAGCCCAUCCACUCUCUCUGCAGCCAGUAGUCUUGACAAUUUAUCUGGUAGUUUUUCUGAACUCUCUUCAGUUGUUAAUUCGAGUGGAACAGAGGGUGCUUCGGGUUUGGAAAAAAAGGAAGGUGAGAUAGUUUUCAGCAAAAUUCCAGGAAUAGAUUUUAGCAUAAAUCAAUUUGUAAGAAAUCUUGGACUUGAGCAUUUAAUCGAUAUAUUUGAAAGAGAACAGAUCACCUUGGAUGUUUUAGUUGAAAUGGGACAUAAGGAGUUAAAGGAGAUUGGAAUUAAUGCUUAUGGGCAUAGGCAUAAAAUCAUUAAAGGAGUUGAAAGACUUAUCUCUGGACAACAAGGUCUCAAUCCAUACUUGACACUGAAUACUUCUGGUAGUGGAACAAUUCUCAUAGAUUUGUCUCCUGAGGAUAAAGAAUUUCAGUCUGUGGAAGAAGAGAUGCAGAGUACAGUCCGAGAGCACAGAGAUGGAGGUCAUGCUGGUGGAAUCUUUAACAGAUACAAUAUUCUUAAGAUUCAGAAAGUUUGUAACAAAAAACUCUGGGAAAGAUAUACUCAUCGAAGGAAAGAGGUUUCUGAAGAAAACCAUAACCAUGCAAAUGAAAGAAUGCUGUUUCAUGGUUCUCCAUUUGUGAAUGCAAUUAUUCAUAAAGGUUUUGAUGAAAGGCAUGCCUAUAUAGGUGGAAUGUUUGGAGCUGGCAUUUACUUUGCUGAGAAUUCUUCCAAAAGCAAUCAAUAUGUAUAUGGAAUUGGAGGUGGUACUGGGUGUCCAGUUCACAAAGAUAGAUCUUGUUAUAUUUGCCACAGGCAAUUGCUGUUUUGCCGGGUAACUCUAGGGAAAUCUUUCCUGCAGUUCAGUGCAAUGAAGAUGGCUCAUUCUCCUCCUGGUCACCAUUCAGUCACAGGUCGGCCUAGUGUUAAUGGCUUGGCAUUAGCAGAAUAUGUCAUUUAUAGAGGAGAACAGGCUUAUCCAGAGUAUUUGAUUACUUACCAGAUUGUGAAGCCUGAAGCCAUAGCUGAGGGAUAGAUGAGUGAAGGGU